AUGGCCCUCCCAGAGGAAACGCUGAAACUAUCCCCGAUCGCAAGCGACCAGAGGAGCUCAGCGCCCUGCUUUUCUGAUGCCAAUUACAGACGCGAGGAUCACGCGCAGACCGUUGCCGGCAGAGCCAAACACCAGGUGGACCUGAUGAUUUCCCACUCGCGUCGUUCAAUUGAGAAACAGGGACAAGAAGAGGACCCAGAACAAAGAGACACCAGUAACGACGGGUUCCUCAAGAAAAGCGAAACAUCAUGGGUGUGGGGGCCACCGCCUGCGACCCCGGUCCUAUCACGGCCUCACCCGUCGUUCUCACAGGUUCCGCGGCAUGUUGCCCUUGGAGGGAACAACGUUCACAGGGUGACAGGGACCGGCCAGACCGUCCCCCGGUUUUUGUGA